AUGCUGGAAAAGGAGUUCUGCACGACGCCCACUAUUCACGAGUACGAGUUCGCCCACUACCGGCACCAGCACCGCCUCCACGGCGCCGCCGACGAGGACAGCUCCUCGGCCGAGCCGAAGCCCGGCCCGCAGCUGGUGGACCUGCGCGGACGAGCCGGUGCCCUGCCAUUGGGACUCGUACCACCGCCGCCUUGUGGGACCGAGCAGCAGCUAUACAGCCCCGUUUCGGCGCUCCACGUUUCCCAGGAUCAGAGAGGACGCUCCCACCAGGCUUCGUUCGCCACCGAAGGCAAGGCCUCGGCUGCGACAGGCCAGGAUCGUCGCACGCCCCGGGACUCCGAAGAACCGCCGGACUCCGCCUUCAGAGCGCCUGGACCGGCUGGCCGCAUCAGUCCCUCGGGCGUGGUCAUCGAGCCGUACUACCUGGGCGACUCGGUGACGCAGAUCUCGCCGACGACGUACUCCUUCUCCCGGAGGAGGCGGGCAGUCUCGAGCGGGCCGCUGAGCGAAGCGGACCUGACUGCAGUGGCAAGGAGAUCGUCGUCGACCACCACGUUCAGCGAGGAGGACUUUCAGAUUAGCUACCACAAGGUACUGGACAGUUCGGCAACCUCCUGGCUGGGCGAAGGCGAAGACGACGACGUGUUCGGCAGCACGCGGUCCCGGUACAGGCAGCGGCGCGACGCAGACAGCGUCCCGUCGGUGGAGCUGCCCUCGAUCCGGGCGACCCACAAGACCAAGUCGGAGCAACUCGCCUCGCGAGGCAGCGGCGUCGAGGACGUGGCCGUCCAGCGACCGCGCAGCGAGGACCUCUCGGUGCACAUCCGCGAGACCCCGCGGACCACCCUGGGCGGCCACCCCGAGGCGUCCAUCGUAGGCGGCGCCCUGGGGCGCAUGUACCAGCCGUCCAGGAUCGACUCGGACAGGCGCGCCAUUAAGACGCGCGUCGGCUUCGGGUCGUCUCCUGCAGGUGCGUUGUUGGGCGGCGGCUCAUCCGAUGCAAUAUUCGCGGCGGGCACUGACGUAGAACGUUGCAGGGUUUGGGUACGGUCUAGUUAG